AGCUGACGGGAAGCCUCGGCCAUCAUCGGUGUGUUUGCUGCUGCCAGAAUAACUCGAAUUUAUAACAAAAUGAUCACCGACAGAUGGUUGUUUUUACUUCGUGUCCCUGAAGAAACACUUGGAGCAGCUGGAAAACUACUUCUGACGGAGCUCUGAUGUAUUUUAAAACACUUUAGGAGAGAAAUGAGAGGGAAAAGUAGCGGAGUAGCGCUGCUCACCGCGGUGAAAGCGGGAGGUUUGGAGGCUCCUCCAACAAAAAGCAGAGAGCAGCAGAGCUCUACAUGACUUCAAUAUGAAGAGAAACAAGUCCGCUAUCGGCUCCUUCACUGUCAGCCUUCAACUCUGGUCCCACAUUUAGUCUGGAGUCUUUUGUCGAUGAAGAGAAAACACAAGUGGCCCGGCAUUCACACUGUUCACAGGAGCCGCGGCCCGGGUUGACUCUCCACGGUUCUCAUGGUGUGUUUAAGGACCGCCUCCUGUUCUGGAUUCUCCAUUCGUCCAGUCACACUCUCGUCUCGCUGUCGUGAGUAGCAUCAGAUUUUGAAUACACAAUGGCAGAAGUAGCUCCAGCUCCCGCCGCCGCCGCUCCGGCUAAAGCCGCCAAGAAGAAGGCGAGCAAGCCCAAGAAGGUCGGCCCCAGCGUCAGAGACCUGAUCGUCAAGGCUGUGUCCGCAUCCAAGGAGAGAAGCGGAGUGUCUCUGGCCGCUCUCAAGAAGGCUCUGACUGCCGGAGGCUACGAUGUGGAUAAGAACAAGGCUCGCGUCAAGACCGCCGUCAAGGCUCUGGUGCUCAAGGGGACUCUGGUCCAGACCAAGGGGACCGGAGCAUCCGGCUCCUUCAAGAUCAGCAAGAAGGUGGCCGAGCCCAAAGCCAAGAAGCCGGCCAAGAAGGCUCCUGCUAAAGCCAAGAAGCCCGCAGCCAAGAAACCCGCAGCGGCCAAGAAGCCCAAAGCUGCGGCCAAGAAGCCAGCAGCCGCCAAGAAGUCCCCCAAGAAGCCCAAGAAACCCGCAGCCGCCAAGAAACCCGCCAAGAGCCCCAAGAAGGCCGCCAAGAGCCCCAAGAAGGUGGCCAAGAAGGCUCCUGCAGCCAAGAAGGCUCCCGCAAAGAAGACUGCCAAGCCCAAAGCCAAGAAGGCAGCAGCACCCAAGAAGAAGUGAGCCCUCACCAACACCUGACACCUCCUCAACAAAGGCUCUUUUCAGAGCCACCCA